UUUUAUUUGUGUAGACGUGCAGGUGAAUCCUCAUGUCGGAUGCAAAGAGAAAGAUUAAUACCACAUGCCGCUGCGCUCUGAAAUAUCUUCCGUUUCUUUUGUCACACACAAACUUCUACCCUCGUUGGCGUUUGACUUUCCUACGAAGAACACAUCCGGGCAUUUUGAGCGCACUUCAUACGUAUUUUGGCUGCGACUGAUGAGGAAGUUCACAAACGACAGCGUUCUCUUUGGCGAAACAUGUCACCCAGAAAUCCGGGUACGACGCUCGACCUGGAAAGGAUAUCCAAAGUGAGAGUGAACACACAGGCUGUGUUGAAGAGGGCUCAGUUUAUCCAAAGACAGAAGAUCCCCAAGAAACAGUGGCAGGCUGCGUGGCUGCUGAAGGCCGCGACCCUGAUCGACCUGACCACUCUGGCCGGAGACGAUACGGCCUCCAACGUGCACAGGCUCUGUUUGAAAGCUAUCCAGCCAGUUCGAUACGACCUGCUCAAGAAGCUUGAUAUGCACGACAAAGGCGUGACAACAGCAGCGGUGUGUGUGUAUCCGUCUCGUGUGACUGAUGCUGUCGGAGCACUUAAAGCAGCCGACUCCAGCCUUCCUGUCGCCUCAGUGGCCACUGGCUUCCCAGCUGGCCAGACUCCACUGGAGACCCGCCUGCAGGAAGUGCGCAUAGCAGUGAGUGACGGCGCGACGGAGAUCGACAUCGUCAUCAACAGGAUGCUGGCCAUUACAGGACAGUGGGAAGCCAUGUACGACGAGAUCCGUCAGUUUCGGGAGGCUUGUGGCCCCGCCCACAUGAAGACCAUCCUGGCUGUCGGAGAGCUCGGCUCGUUCACCAACGUCUACAGAGCCAGCAUGGUCGCCAUGAUGGCUGGUUCAGACUUCAUCAAGACGUCUACAGGGAAGGAGGCUGUCAAUGCUACUUACCCUGUUGCCAUAGUGAUGGUGAGAGCCAUCCGUGACUACUUCAUGAGUACGGGCCACAAGGUACAGUGGGCGUGAACACUCACUGACUGUAGAACAGUUACUACAUUUAUUAUGUUCAUGAAACCAGCAUCACGUUCACUGUGACUGAUGGACGGAAAGUCUUUGACAUGGAAAGAAACUUGCAUGAAUGUGGAGUCGUGUUGAAUGAGCAGCUCGAGUACUCGAGUAGAUGAGAAGCAUUUUAUCAAACAGCAGGAGCUGAUUCUGCUCAGUUUCAUUAAGAUGCAGCAAAAAUCUUAAUGUAAACAUUUAUAUGGCAGCGCUGCAAGACAGGUUGAGUCACCAUGACGUGCGUCUACAUCAAUAACCAAUCGUAGGCCAGUCGAGGCUCGCCACAGUGUGCUCUCUGUAUUUAGUGUCAAAACGGACGGUUUUGAUUUUAGUGCUGUGGAACCAGGUUCAAGCAAAGUUUCUCAGAUUAAAACGCUCUUUAUUAGUUACACCGUGUUAGUUCUGACCUGCUUUUGCCUUCAGAACUUUAUUGUCAGUGUUGCGACAAACAACUACUACUGAAAAAGUACCAGGUACUGUGACCUAAUGGGAAACUCCACAAACCGUGGCGAUCUGAGCUGAGUAGGUACUGAU